CUAUAGCUUUCCUUGAUGUCAGCUUCCUUUGAGAUAAAAACGAUCACUGACUUUAGGCAUGUACAGAAUUCAGUAGCAUGUUCCCUCCCUGAAUUGCUUAUAGCAUGGGUAGAGUCAUACAAACAACAGGGUGUUUGGGUGGUAUGUGUGGGAAGAUAACAUAUUUCUGCUUUGAUGAUGGCUGUUGAUCACAGAUGGUAGGCAUCAGUGAAAUGUUUCUGACUUCAGGGAAAAAUAGAUUUGUAAGUUCCUGCCACAACCUCUGAAUUGGGUGAGGUGAAAUCUAAACUUCCCAUGGCAGAUACUAAUUUCUUAUAGAAAAUAAAAAGUGAAAGUACUUUGUUCUUUUGUGGCAAGUAAGAACCCAGUUUCUUUCUCUGUCCCUCAUUCAGUAAGAUGAGAUCAACAGGGAUAGGUUUAAGUCCUGGAAAAAGUCUCUGAAAGAUGAGCUCAUUUCUAAAGUUUCUCAGGGAUACAAUUGUGUAGUCCUUUAGUUUUAUUCUUUAUUAGAACACAAAGAUGGGAACUGAAUAUGUGGUUUAUUUGCUGAGAGUUCUCAAAUAGAAUUACGUGUUAACAUUAUAAUCAAGAAAACCUUUAAAAGAAACAAGAGCUCCCCCCUUCUGCUAGCUCUAAAUGGUAUCUUCCAAACAGAUGACAAAGUACCUUGGGAUGAAUCACGUAUAGGAACAGGGUUUUCAGCAGAACAGGAGGUUAGAAACUAGUGCAGUUUUUAUUUAAGCCCUGGAAACAUACACAUCUAAGAGUUUAGCGGGAGAAGGAAAUAAGUGGGGCUUUCUUUUCAGUUAUUGAGUUAGAGUUGUUUACUACUAAGGAAGCCUAGAAUACUCAUCUUUCUUUUAAUUUUUUGAAACUACAUUGAGUGGAGUUAAUGUUUACACUUUGAGUGGAGAGAAGACUAAUCAAGCCAGGAUUGUUUUUCUUUGUUUUGUGUUCUCCUCUACCCUAUUUUGAGCCAUUCUUACUUUUCAAGAAAGAAUAUGGAUAUGUCUGAUCAAAAUUUUUGGACUGUCCUCUCAAACUUUACAUUGCCACAUUUGAGAAAUGGAAACAGGCUCCGUCGAACACAAAGUUGUCGGACAAGUAAUCGAAAAAGUUUGAUAUGCAAUGGGCAGUCUCCAGCUAUGCCUCGGCCUCAUUCACCACUGUCAGCUCACAUGGGAAGCAGUCCUCAAGACAGCCCUAGAAACUUCUCACCUAGUGCCUCAGCCCACUUUUCCUUUGCGCGAAGGACUGAUGGACGACGCUGGUCACUGGCAUCUCUCCCUUCCUCUGGCUAUGGUACAAACACUCCCAGCUCAACUGUUUCAUCAUCCUGUUCUUCCCAAGAGAAGUUACAUCAGCUACCAUACCAGCCAACACCAGAUGAGCUACAUUUUUUGUCAAAACAUUUCUGUGCCACUGAAAGCAUUUCCAGUGAUAACAGAUGUAGAACUACUCAAAUGAGGCCACGAUCCAGAAGCCUCAGCCCUGGACGUUCUCCUGCUUGCUGUGACCAUGAAAUAAUGAUGAUGAACCAUGUGUACAAAGAAAGAUUUCCAAAGGCAACUGCUCAGAUGGAAGAGCGACUUCAUGAGAUUAUCACCAGCCAUUCUCCUGACAACGUCCUUCCCUUGGCAGACGGAGUGCUCAGUUUCACCCACCAUCAGAUCAUUGAGCUGGCUCGUGACUGCUUGGAUAAAUCUCAUCAGGGUCUCAUCACCUCACGAUACUUUUUUGAAUUACAGCACAAAUUGGAUAAACUCCUACAAGAGGCUCAAGAACGGUCAGAAAGUGGAGAACUGGCAUUUAUUAAACAGCUUGUCCGAAAGAUUCUUAUCGUCAUUGCACGUCCUGCUCGCUUGCUUGAAUGCUUGGAGUUUGAUCCUGAGGAAUUUUACUAUCUUUUGGAAGCUGCAGAAGGACAUGCAAAAGAGGGACAAGGCAUUAAAACUGACAUCCCUAGAUAUAUUAUAAGUCAGCUAGGAUUAAAUAAGGAUCCGUUGGAAGAAAUAGCUCAACUAUCUAAUUAUGACAGUGGGACAGCAGCAACUCCUGAAACUGACGAAUCAGUCAGUAGUUCUAAUGCACCCCUUAAACUUCAAAGAAAACCUCAUGAAAGUGAUUUUGAAACAAUUAAACUGAUUAGUAACGGAGCAUAUGGUGCUGUAUAUUUGGUACGCCAUAAAGAGACCAGACAGAGGUUCGCCAUGAAGAAGAUUAACAAACAAAACCUCAUUCUUCGAAACCAGAUUCAGCAAGCCUUUGUUGAGAGGGAUAUCCUGACAUUUGCUGAAAAUCCAUUUGUAGUCAGCAUGUAUUGUUCCUUUGAAACAAGACGCCACUUAUGCAUGGCCAUGGAAUAUGUAGAAGGUGGUGACUGUGCUACUUUAAUGAAAAAUAUGGGUCCUCUGCCUGUAGAUAUGGCCAGGAUGUAUUUUGCAGAGACUGUUCUGGCACUGGAGUAUCUCCACAACUAUGGAAUAGUACACAGAGAUUUGAAACCGGAUAAUUUAUUGGUGACAUCCAUGGGACAUAUAAAAUUAACAGAUUUUGGGCUAUCUAAGGUUGGCCUCAUGAGUAUGACCACCAAUCUUUAUGAAGGUCACAUUGAGAAGGAUGCUAGGGAAUUUCUGGAUAAACAGGUCUGUGGCACACCAGAAUAUAUUGCUCCAGAAGUAAUUCUAAGACAGGGUUAUGGCAAGCCAGUAGACUGGUGGUCAAUGGGAAUUAUCCUUUAUGAGUUUCUUGUUGGGUGUGUACCCUUUUUUGGUGAUACACCGGAGGAGCUAUUUGGACAAGUCAUCAGUGAUGAAAUCAACUGGCCUGAAAAAGAUGAAGCACCACCCCCAGAUGCCCAAGAUCUGAUUACUUUGCUUCUGAGACAAAACCCCUUGGAGAGAUUGGGAACAGGUGGUGCCUAUGAGGUGAAACAGCACCAGUUCUUUCAACACUUGGAUUGGAAUAGUUUGUUGAGACAGAAAGCAGAAUUCAUUCCUCAGCUGGAAUCUGAAGAUGACACAAGCUAUUUUGAUACUCGUUCUGAGAAAUAUCACCAUAUGGAAACAGAAGAAGAAGAUGAUACAAAUGAUGAAGACUUUAAUUUGGAAAUAAGGCAGUUUUCCUCAUCUUCUCAUCGAUUUUCAAAAGUUUUUAGUAGUAUAGAUCGAGUAACUCAAAAUCAAAUUGAAGAGAAGGAAGAUGCAACUGAGAGAACUAAAAAUGUGACUCUAACAACUGCAGAAUCUUUAAGUUGGAGCUCAGAAUAUUCUGAAGUGCAGCAGAUAUCUACAUCUGUCUCCUCCGACACUGAAAGUUCUAGGCAACGUCACAAUUCAGGCCUACUUCCAAAAUUGGCUAUUUCAGCUGAAGGAGAAUCUCUGCAUCCUGCUGGAUCCCGAAAAGAUCAAGGAAAGACUACAUUAGUUAAUGAAGAAAUUAUUCAAGAUGAAGUGGAGGUAACAACUCCAGCAAGCACAAUCAGUAGCUCCACACUGUCAGUUGGCAGUUUUUCAGAGCACUUGGAUCAGAUAAAUGGAAGACGUGAGAGUGUGGACAGCACAGAUAAUUUCUCAAAGCCAUCCAGUGAACAAGCAUCUCAUAUGGCUCGUCAGCGAUUAGAAACUACAGAGAAAAAGAAAAUAUCUGGAAAAGUCACAAAGUCCCUCUCGGCCAGUGCUCUGUCCCUUAUGAUCCCAGGAGAUAUAUUUGGUGUGUCUCCUUUGGGAAGUCCAAUGUCCCCACAUUCCGUAUCUUCAGAUCUCUCAUCCUCCAGAGACUCUUCUCCUAGUCGUGAUUCCUCAACUGCAUCUGCAAGUCCUCACCAGCCUGUCAUAAUUCAUACUUCAGGCAAAAAGUAUGGGUUCACUAUUCGAGCAAUCAGAGUAUAUGUGGGUGACAGUGACAUAUACACAGUACACCAUAUUGUUUGGAAUGUUGAAGAAGGAAGUCCAGCUCAUCAGGCUGGACUGAAGGCUGGUGAUCUCAUCACACACAUUAAUGGAGAGGCAGUGCAUGGACUAGUUCACACUGAAGUCAUAGAACUGUUAUUAAAGAGUGGCAAUAAAGUGUCAAUUACUACAACUCCUUUUGAGAAUACUUCAAUAAAAACAGGACCAGCUAGAAGAAAUAGCUACAGGGGCCGCAUGGUUAGACGGAGUAAGAAAACAAAAAAGAAGGAGAGUUUGGAAAGGAGAAGAUCUCUGUUCAAAAAGCUGGCUAAACAACCAUCACCCCUUCUUCAUACGAGUCGGAGUUUUUCCUGCUUGAACCGAUCACUCUCAUCAGGGGAGAGUUUGCCUGGCUCUCCAACUCACAGCUUAUCCCCACGCUCACCAACACCAAGCCUCCGCUCCACCCCUGAUUUCCCCUCAGGUACAAAUUCUUCCCAGAGUAGUUCUCCAAGUUCAAGUGCACCCAAUUCUCCAGCAGGGUCAGGACAUAUUAGGCCCAGUACACUUCAUGGUUUGGGUCCCAAGCUUGGUGGGCAGAGAUACAGAUCAGGAAGACGCAAAUCAGCUGGCAGCAUUCCUCUCUCACCCUUGGCACGGACUCCUUCUCCAACACCUCAACCAACAUCUCCUCAGCGGUCUCCAUCACCUUUACUUGGGCAUUCUGUUGGAAGCACAAAAAUAGCGCAGGCUUUUCCUACUAAAAUGCACUCUCCUCCCACUAUUGUCAGACAUAUUGUUAGGCCUAAGAGUGCAGAGCCCCCAAGGUCUCCAUUGCUCAAGAGGGUUCAGUCAGAAGAAAAACUUGCUCCCUCUUAUGGUACUGAUAAGAAACACUUAUGCUCCCGCAAACACAGCCUAGAGGUAACUCAGGAAGAAGUUAAUCGAGAGGUAACUCAACGAGAUAUAACCCUUCAGAGCCUGGAGGAGAAUGUAUUGGAUGCCCCAUCCCUCACACGAGUUAGGCCCGCGGAACAAGGGUGCUUAAAGCGUCCUGUUUCCAGAAAGCUGGGCCGGCAAGAAUCUAUUGAAGAGCUGGACAGAGAAAAAUUAAAGGUCAAGAUAGUUGUAAAAAAGCAAGAUCUGGCAGAGAAACAAGAAUAUUUGCAGAAAUCAAGCACAGUACAUGAAGUUUCUGGUGAAUCAGAGAGCUCUGUUACCUCUUCUUUGGAAGAGAGAGAUGGCAAGAAAGCUUUUCAGAAAGCUAUGGAAAGAUCAAAUCACUUUGAUGCUAAAAUUGCAACUCUUGAGGCACAAUCUGGUGGUAUGCUAAAAGAUACGCUUCAGAAGAAUGCAAGUUUGAGAUCAAAUGACUAUAUUACUUCAGAUACACAUGCACUGUGUCAUGGACCUCUGCUUAAUGAACUCAGUCAUUUGUCUUAUGACUUCAAAAGAAUGUCACCUCCAUGUACAUUGCAAGAUGUUCUACCGUACUCAUCUGACAAGAUGCCAACUGGAAAAGGCGAAAAUGUAGAUAAAAAUGCAUCAGCAAAAGAAUUCAUCAAAUUUGAAAGAUUAGAUAGUAAAGUUGCAAAUAUUGAUUAUCUUAGGAAGAAGAUGUCUUUUGAAGAAAAAGAUGACAGUCCCUGUCCGGUGGGAAAGUCCAAACUGACCUCAAAUGUACAUGAGUGCCAUCAGCUCAAUGUGGUCAGGCCUGUAAGCACGCUGCAGGAGUCUGCAGCAGUUGCUGAAAGUCGAUCAUUUAUCAGCAGUGCUCAUACUGCUCAGAUUGCCCUUAAAGCCUUGAAUGGCCGAGCAGAAACUGCCAUGGAGAAAUCAGCACUGAUUUCCACAGAGUCACCUGUUCGAAAGAGCCCUUCAGAGUAUAAAUUAGAAGGGAGAUCUGUGUCUUGCUUGAAACCAAUUGAAGGCACAUUAGAUAUUGCUUUACUUUCAGGGCCGCAAGCUUCAAAGACAGAUAUGACUUCAUGUGCAUUGCUAGGAGGCCAAAAUUCCAAAAAUGAUGUCUUACUCGCAUGCCAAGGUGGUAGCAGUGUGAAGAUUGAGCCAUCAUGUCAGAAAGAACAGCCACCAACCUUCUCACAAGCCAGUUCAUACAAAACAGAUGUGCUGGAAUUCCAGCAUCCAAAGCCAAAUAAAAGUACUCAGAGCUCACAAGCAGUGUCUAUAAAGCAAUCAGAAAAAAUGCUCUCCAAUAUCAAUGUUCAGUAUGAACCUUCCAUAAUAGUGAAUAAUAAAACAAAAGCGAUGAUACCACUUAAUGCAAGUGAGACUAAAUCUAGCAGCCUCCAAAACCAGAGUUCUCCCUUGGCAGCCUGUAAGUCUGCCCAAGCACUUGGAAAUCCUGAGAAAUCUAGACGAAAGGAGAAAAAAACCACCAAAGAAAUAUCUGAUAACCACACAAGAGCUCAGCAGAGUGAUGGUGUGCUUCUAGCUGAAGAUUCCUCAACAAAGAAGACUUUCACAGAAGUGUCUCCAAAUCAAGAUGCUAAACAUAUGCAGAGACAUUCAUGUGAUUUGUCUGUACAGCUACAAACAUGUGCAACAGCAAAAGUACAGGGAACUAACUCAAAGAUGAAGCCCAAUGAUGGUAAAGAUAUCAAACAAUGUGCAAAAGAUGAAGCUAGUACCACUAGAGAAUCUUCAGGAAAUGAAUUGGGCAUGCAGAAAGCAACUUUCAAGCUUGAAGCUUCAGUUCUCCAAAAGUCUGUGCAAACAUCACUUCUUCAAAAGUCUUUACAAGCUUCAUCAGAUUCUAAUUUUGCAAAAAUAGAAAAACAUUUGGCUCAUGUAACUGUGGAAAAGGAUAGUUCUCAAGACUUGGAGACAAAAGAACAAAGGCAGUCCAAAAGUGCACAAGCUCCACCUGGUGUCAAAGAGCUCAGCUUAGCUUCUAGGCAUCAAGAUAGUAAUUCUGAUAUUCCCGCUGUAAUAGAAUCAUUCAGCAAGCCAUCCGUAACAGAUGUCCCUGUGUAUUACAGCAACCAGGAUAAUCUAAGACCUAUAUCAUAUAUGGAAAAUAACAUUGUUAAAUCCAGGCAAGUCUCUGACACUUGUUCUUCCAAAUUAAAGCAUUCUGACAAAUUGACACAAAAACAAAUGGCUACAAAGGUAAAAGAAAAAGAAACUGGAGCUCAGGCUUUGGCUGCUUUUCGAAAGGAUGGCAAAAACAUCAGUAAGAUUGCAGCAGAUUCUUUUUCACACCCUUCAGGCUCUCAAAGGAAGCUAACUAAUGAGCAUAUCCAGGUAGAAAGUCCUCUGGUUGGAGAAUGUGGGUCAGAGCCUGCAAUCCAAAUCAAUAGCACCAUACCUGAAAAACUCCUUAAAUACUCUUGCAAAAGCCAGGUAGCAGCAGUAACCCCAGGCAACACUAAGCAUUUUCAAAGGCAAGAGAUGGCAAGCUUAAGCGACCCUGUUGAUCAAAAGCCACACCACAUACGCAGCAAGCAGAGCAUGCCUCUGAAGGUUUCUACGCUAAAAGAAUAUCCCUUGCCUAACAAGCAGGUGAGCAAGGGUCCAAGCAAUCAGACCACCUCAGUAGAAAAGCAACCAGAAGGGAAAAAAUGCACAGAUGCACUUUAUUUUCAAAAUGACCACGGAAAAUCAGAUUCUAGCCUUUCCCCUCCUAGCUGUGAUGCCAGAGGGAAAGCUGUGGAAAAGGCAGUCUUGGGUAGCAAGACCUUUCAGGAUGCUAAAGGAAAAGGACACAUGAAUCAGAAAGAGCUAGCGGAAGGGAGCAAGCAGCAUGCAGCAAAAUACUCCUCCUCAGCUGGUUUGCAUAGUACAUGUCACACCACUGUGGUUGCUACAAAGCAGCUUGACUGCUCAUCCAGCACCCAUGAUUUUAGACAGGAAGCCCCUCUUUUGCCUUCAACAAAGGCUAAGCUAGGCUCACAAGAACAGUUUGUAACAAGCUGCAGGGAAAUGAAAAUCCAAACCAGUUCUUCCAUAUUAGAUGGCAGGGCAGAAAUGAGUAAAAGUGUUUCACUGGUGGGCUUGCACUGUACUCCAUCUCCCAUGGAAGAGCACAUUCUCAUUUCAGACUUAGGAGUAAAGUCCAGAAGCCAAGAGAGGUCUUGCUCUGCUAGCACUGUGGACAUAAAGGGAAAAGACCAUGUUCUUCCUCAGUCUUCUGCUGUAAGAAAACAGAAUGUAGCUGAAGAUUUGCCAAAGUCAGGGACUUCAGCUGACUCUCUCAAUGCACUUUCAUCUGACAAAGACUCUACCCGGCAGAGGCGAGGUAAAGACACCUCACGAAGUAGUCCUCACAAAAAAAAUUCCUAAUAGCAAGACCUGCAUGUAGGACUGAAAACCGAGUGUCUUGUCUUAACUUCAGCACUGUGUAGUAUUUUUCAUGCAGAAAACAAUUCAGCGCCAUUUAAGCAGGGUGUGUAAAGAAUGGACUUUGUUUUUCCCCCCUCAAAAUGCCUUCCCAAAUGUAACCGGUUAAACUGUUACCAUAUCGUAUUUGUACAAAAAUACUUUUACAAUUUGAGAGAUGUUGCUGGGGCAACACUGAUAAAUUUUCUGUAAAUAUUUAGUAGUGUGCAUAAUUCUGAAUGUAGUGUACCCACUUUGCUGCUGGUUGCAUUGUUUAUCUUUUUAAUGAUAGCUGCUUUGCAACUGAUUUUCCAUAAUCUAAGACAAAGCAGAAUUAUAAAAGCUAGACUGAAGCCACAAACAGACGAGUCUGAUGGGAGGAAGGAGGCGUGCAAUUUUGCACCGGUUCAAAAUCCUAUACGUAGCUAUACAAUUUAAGAAAUUACAGAUCUCAUGGCUGUCAGUGAGCUUAGAUGUGUAUUUUAACAUCCAGAGGUUGAUAGUAUUGUCAUGAGCUAGUUUUACUACUUUAAAUAGUUGACCAAACUUCAGCUCUUGAAUGCACAAUGUCUGCCUUUUCAUUAGGCUAUGCUGGUAUUGGGAAAGGGAAUAGUGUAUUUUUAUAAUUCCCCAACCAUUCUAUUCAUAGUCUAGUUUUCUGGUAAUAGGAAGCUGUGCCCUCCUUUCCUUCAUCUCAUCAUAGGCUGAAACGUCAACGUCUUUGUGGAGAGUUUAGUUUUUGUUGUCUUGAAUCAAAUAAUAUUUAUUUAUGGUUAGGGUUUUCUGUUGUAAAGCCUGUGCACAUGCUAAACCAUUUUUCAUUUACACUUAACAAAGCAUUUUUGAUAUCAUGAUUUGUAGAUUUGACUAUUUAGCGGCUCAGUUUUCUCUUUUAUUACAAAAGGUGUUUGUGUGUGUGCGUGUGUAGUGGGGGCAGGCAUUUUUCAAUGUCAUAUCUAGAGAAUCUAUCCAGCAACUGAUAACAAUGCUGGCUGGGGCCUUACAUUGCAGAUUAAGCUUGCUAUCUUAGCAAGUCAUCCUAGGUUUCACAUUCUUUAGGAAGUACAUUAAGUAGCUCUAUACAUUUCAUAUUGUGGUCUUUAUUUGUAUGCAAAAGAAGUUAAUGUAUUUUUUUUUAAUGAACAAAGACAUUUUUGUAAAAAAAAAGGGUGGGGAAGGGACUGUUGGAGCUAUUUGGUGCUAGAACGUGAGUAUCCUUUUUACUUUUGCUAAGCCUUAUUUGAAUGUUGUGGAUUGUGAAAUAUGUCUAAUUUGUCUGAUUAAAUUUGGAGCACAAGUAUUUGGUUUGAUUGGAAACUUGUACAGCAAUACUGAAGAAAGAUUACCAUAGACAAGUAUGCUAGAGUGAGUCAGUCAGAAAACAAUUUCCGAGUGGAUUUUUCCUCUUUUGUAUUUCCUUGCAAAAGCUCAUAUAAUGCUGACCCUCCUCGAAGGCACUUUCUCCUGUUUCCCUAAACAUUUGCCCAAACAUAAAACAGGAGUUGGCUGAUUGCAUAAUACUUUCAAGUGUACUAAAUGCAUUUCCCUGUGGGAUGGGGAGGAAAAGUAAAUUAGUUUGGAUUUGUUCAUUUUUAGAAGUUUUUGCUAAGAAAAUAAAACUACCAGCACAACCCUGUAAUUUCCCUUGAAAUGUUAGUACAUUCAUUUACCCUUCUGUGUGCUCAUAGCUAAUUUAAAACAACUGGAGGGUUUCACUUUUUUAAAAAAGAGAGCAGUCCUAGGAUUUGCUGUCUGUAUCUGUACUUUGGGAAGGGAAUCAUCAAACAAUAAUAAACUCCAAAAUCAUGACAUUUUUCUCCAAGAGGUAUUUCAUAGUUUACAGCUACUUGUACUUAAGAACCUUCCACCUGUUUUCUUUAAAGCACAUUUAGCUAUCUUGUUUACAAUUGCAUCUUUUAUGUAUAUUUUGCAUAGUGCUUUAUCACUUCUGCCAAAUAUUUUCCCCCCUUUUGGAAGUGUAGUAGCACCUAAUCUUGCAUUCAUGUAGCCCCUGUUUGUUGAUGUUUUCUUACAGUGAGCUGUUAGAGACCCCCUUAAUUGUGUACUCUUCUGUCAGUCCUUGUGUGGUUGUAUAUUAAAAUGUCCCUUUGUAGAACUUACUACUGUAGAUUAUAAAAUUAUUAAAGAAAAAGUUUGUUAGGAUCUGUGCAAUAAAGUGUUUGCAGUCUUAUUUUCUUUAAGAAAUUCCCAUGAAUGUCAUAACCAUUGGAUAUUGAAUAAAAUAUUUAUACUUAUGCAGUUGCAAAACACUGAAAUAAAAAUGAGCAUGAAAGGGAA